UUAGGCCGAGAUUCAAUCCGAUCAAUCCUUCAAUCCUUUCGGCUAUACACCUUUGAAAGGAAAUGUUUCUGCAUUCGCAGAGACUACAUUCAAGGUAAACGCUGCAUAUUUUGGCUGAACUGGAAAUUACCUUUAAAUGUCAAGCGCGCUAUAACACGGAUCUUCCAUGGUCCGGAUUGAAUCUGCUUUACUCAGAAUGGAACUGAAAGGACACUGCAUGGGUUAAAUUAUCGUUGAGCCCCUGCCAGGACAAAUCACUGUGUAGAUGACCCAUCCAAAUACCCCUUUUCCAGUGUUUGCUAUGGAAUUAUUGCAAUACAACACCUUUCCCACACUGCGUCAAAGUCGCCAAAACAGAUUAAGCUACUGCACAUGUGCAGCAUGAUAGUUAUAUUAACCCUAUAGCUUUAUCUGUCUGUCACACAUCUCCUCUGCAUCUUCCUGUUCACCCUUCUGAUGCUAGGUGUUUGUCUAUCCUAGGAACUGCCUUACAUGAAAUUCAGCCCUUAGUUUGACUUUGUUUUAACUUCUUCCUGUCUCCUCUCUUUUUCUGUCUUGUUUUUCAGUUUGCUGAUCACUUCUGUUUAAAUCCCACUGGCAUUACCUCAGUAGGCCUAAUCUCAGAUAUCAAAAACUUUUCACAAUGGCUGAGCUCAGAUGGAUGUACUUUAAAGUUUGUUUGAUCACACAAAGUUCAUUCUGAAAAUACCCGAUCUCUGGUGCUCUAUCUAAAUGUUUUUCUCCCACUGUCUUGACCGGACUCCAGCCUCACAGUUAACAAUUCAUUUGAAUAUGUCAUAUGUUUGAUGAUKAAAUGUGUAUCUUUGAUCAUUUAAAAAAAUAAUAUGCAUUCAAUCAUUCAGAAUGCGUGUCGGUGCAUGAUGCAGUAUUGUUCGGAGUCGACGUUGACACUAAUUGAACAACCGACCAGUUCACAGCACGUGUCCUCCAGAACCCGUUUUCGCGCGCAAUUUUCGAGGUGGCCAGACAUUUCUGACGAAAACUUUUAUGACACAGUGCAACUGAAUAAUAUUAUUUUAGGGGAAAAUGUCCCAGCUCUUCUUUGGAAAGCCAGCCCCUACCUUUCAGUCUACACCAAAACCUGGUCAUCAUCAUCCCUCAUCACCCAAGGACCCUGAACAAGGACAUGGGCCAGACCAGGACAUCCCUGAUGAGACAUUUCCGUUUGUGACACUGGACGAAAGCCAUCGACAGCAAAGUGAGGACUCCGGCAUCGACAUUUCAAACAUCUCCAAUAGACGUAACGUACACAAUAGUACUUCCAGCGAGCUCCCAGGUGAGGAGACUACGACUGRUCUCAGUUCAACGAUAGAGGAGAUAGGGAAGAAGGCCCAGGAUCUGAUAGAGAGAAUAAACCAGAGCCGAGCCAUGGACCAGGAAAUCAUGACCACCUUUGAGAACAAGUUAAUGAAUAAGGUGAGUGAGGUGUGCCAGCAGGUGAAGGAGCAGAUGUUCAGCAGCUAUGAGGAGCAUGGCCGUGGGAUGGAGGCCAAUUUACAGGAGCUGUCUGAGGUGCUGGAGAGGAGCAGUCAGCUCAGUAUGGAGCUGCAGGGAGCCAGUCGGACCUUAUCAGCCAUCAACAACAGCCUGCAGCAGACGGCUGAGAACUGACAUCUACCCAGCCAUUCAUUUAUUUUAACUGCCUUACAGCAUCCCGACUUCUGGGAGGUCUAGAAUAAUUAAAGCAAUGCCUUGUGUUUGUUUGACRGUGGAAUAUGUCUAAUAGGACAUAAAACAGUGGUUGUAAACUGAGCAGGUGUUGGAAGAAGCUUUUGUUUAUUAAAUUAUUUAUUACAUAACUAGUGUGGAUAUUUUUGUUCAUACCUAUGACCAAAUAGCAUUAUAGAACAUCAUAUUUAAUGGGCAAGAAUAUAUGCUUGUGCCCAGUUUAGAAUCCAAAACAUUCAUGCCUAUGGGUCAGUCCACCAAUUCAGUGCCUUUGGAGGAGUGUAACUUGGUAAAAAAAAAAAAAAAAUAGUUACAUGCUGUCAUAAAGAGCAGAGAACUUCAUUAAAAAAAGUUUUUCUAUCAAAAGACAUUAAAUAAAAAUUAUUACUAUAGUAAGAGCAUAUUAAGUGCCAAAUAAAGUAACAGGGUUGAUGACUUCUUAAAGCUGCCAUAAAUUCCCUUGUGACAGGGGGAAUGGAAGCUUGUGUGCAGYGUGGCAAUUGAAUGCAAGUUUCACCCAACAAAUUAAAUUAAA